UUGGAGGGGGGCCGGCUGGAGGGCCGCAGCCGCAGGAGACGGAGCCCCGUCUGGGCCCCCCUCACGUGGCCGCCAUGGACUCUCUCUUCCAGACCCUGCACUCCCUGGCGGAGGACAACGCCGCCUUCUUCCAGAACCGGGCCACGGAGACGAGCCAGCGCUUCGUGGCGGCCUUCACGGCCAUCCGGGAGCACGCCCGGUACCUGGAGCCCCUCCUCGGCCACUUCGCCACCGUCUACCACAUCUUCGACCUGGACGAGGACACGCCGGCCAACGGCUACCGCAGCCUGGCCCAGACGGUGCGCUGCUGCCUGGCCCACAUCGUCCACAAGAGCCGCUACGUGGCCGCCAACCGCGGCAGCAUCUUCUUCCGCAGCAAGCACAACUGCGCCGAGCUGGAGGCCUACUGCACCGCCCUGACCCAGCUGCGGGCCCUUGUCUACCUGGCCCAGCGCCUGCUGACCUACAACCGCCCCGGCUGCCUCUUCCACCACGAGGAAGGGGGCCUCUCGGAGCAGUUCCUGCACGAAUACAUCACCAUGCACAAGGGGUGCUUCUAUGGUCGCUGCAUGGGCUUCCAGUUCGCCCCCUCCAUCCGGCCCUUCCUGCAGACCAUCGCGAUCAGCCUCAUCUCCUUUGGGGAAAACUACAAACGGCACCAGUCCGGCCUCAGUGUGGCGGCGAGCUCGCUUUUUACCAGCGGCAAGUUCGCCAUCGACCCCGAGCUGCGGGGGAUAGAGUUCGAGCGCAUCACGCAGAACCUGGACGUGCACUUCUGGAAGACCUUCUGGAACCUCACCGAGAUGGAGCUGCUGGCCUCCCUGGCCAGCAUGACCUCCUCCCAGGUCCAGGUCUCCCGGGCGCUGUCCGUGCCGCCUGACUCCUUCGAGCUGCCGCUGGCCGCUGACCCCAAGCUGUCCGUGACCAUCACACCCCCGGUGGCCCACAGCGGACCCGGAUCCAUCCAGAUGAGGCUGAUCUCCUACGAGCUGCGGGAGGGACAGGACAGCGAGGAGCUGGCCAGCCUGGUGCGUCCCGAAGGAUCCCUGGCCCUGGAGCUGCGUUGGAAGACCAAGCCGCUGCCCCGCUCACCGUUCCUGGUGGUGCACAUCCACGGCGGCGGCUUCGUGGCCCAGACCUCCAAGUCGCACGAGCCCUACCUGAAAGCCUGGGCACAGGAGCUGGAUGCCCCGAUCCUCUCCAUCGACUACUCACUGGCGCCCGAAGCCCCCUUCCCCCGGGCCCUGGAGGAGUGCUUCUACGCCUACUGCUGGGCCCUCAAGAACUGCCACCUUCUAGGUGAGAGGCCAAGAUUUGAAUCCUGGCCCCUCGCUGAUGAGAAGGGCUCCUAG